AAAUUCUCUUGCUUUCGAACUUCUCCAUGUCUCGGUAAACUUCUUCUCAAAUCUCCCAAAAUUUGCAGAUAGCUAAACAUCAAACCCAAUACAGGAAAAGUUUUCGUCUAUUGCUUCUCCUGAUUGGGAUUUCUCAGGUCCAUCGCUUCUGCAGAAUAAAGUAAACUAAGUUCAAAUCUUUGGCUCGGAUUCUGUUCUGGGUUCGUGAAAAAUGUUCGGUUUCCUGAAAUCAAAUCAGGCGGCAAAUGGCGACGCGGCGGCAAAGCAAGAGCCUCCGCCGAAGAGAACGGCUUCGGAGCCCGUGUUGAUGAAUGUCGCAGACGAGGACUCCGACGACGAGCAGCAAUGGCGGAAGAAGCCUUCGGGGGCGGCCAAGAAGAAGUACGAGAAUGGGUUCAAGGAUUCAGGAGGGCUGGAGAACCAGAGCGUUCAGGAGCUGGAGAGUUACGCAGUGUACAAAGCUGAGGAUACAACGAAUUCUGUAAACAACUGUCUUAGGAUCGCAGAGGACAUUAGAUCGGAUGCCUCCAAGACUCUUGAUAUGUUGCAUGCUCAAGGUGACCAAAUUCAACGAACCCACGAAAUGGCUGUCGAUAUGGACAAAGAUUUGGGCAAGGGUGAGAAACUUUUAAACAGUCUUGGUGGGAUGUUCUCCAAGCCAUGGAAGCCAAAGAAAACCAAGGAGAUCACUGGCCCUGUCAUCACAGAAGAUAAAACAUCAAGGAAGAAUGCAAACCACAGAGCACAAAGAGAGAAACUGGGGAUAGGGAACAAACCAGGAGCCAAAUCAGCACCUGUAACCCCUCCCCCUGAGCCAUCAAAUGCAAUGCAGAAAAUUGAGAUGGAGAAGAAAAAGCAAGAUGAUGGACUUUCAGAUUUGAGCGAUAUCUUGGGUGAUCUGAAAGGCAUGGCAGUUGACAUGGGUUCUGAACUUGACAGGCAAAAUAAAGCGUUGGAUCAUCUUGGUGAUGAUGUUGAUGAGCUCAACUCUCGAGUCAAAGGAGCAAACCAGCGUGCCCGUCAUUUGCUUUCCAAAUAAGACAGAUUCUACUGCUAAAACCAUCAUUCAGCUUCUAGCAGUCUCCCAGAUUGGGCAAACUUUCCUUCGUUUAUAUUUGUUCUCUGUCAAUUCUUCCUUCCCGAAAGUGUGUAUAUGAAUGUAUAUAGUUUGAUCCUCACUUACAAGAUGGCAAUUUACUAAAAUGUCAUUCUUUCGUCAACUCUUUCUUUUCCCAUGAAUGGCUAUACAGUAUUGAUACUCUACAUUUAGAACUGGUGCAUGAAACAAGGAGGAUAGCGUAACCCUUCUGUUAUGGAUGUAACAAUAUACAGAAAUCAUUCCUCCCCCUUUAUUCUACAAGAGAAGGGAGCAAGUAAAUGAUAAAAUCAAUACUCAGAAACAAUCAGAAUACGCAUAUCUUUUAAGUACAAUCCUUCAAUCAAACUUCCCUAUCUACUUCCACUCUUCCAAAUGAUACAGUGGAGGACGACUAUUUACAGAUCUAAAAUAGAGUUGCAGGAGAGUAACAACAGUAGUGCACCAAAACCCUUUGGAUAGCAUGCAAUAGAUGGACUCACAUUCAUGGCAACAGGAUUCCAGCAUUGCGCGAAAGAUAUCAUUAUAUAGUACUAUCACGUCUCCUCGCUUUUCACAGGAGUCCACUCGGCUUUUGGAGGAUUCUGCUUCCUGGCAUGCGAAAUGAACCCUACAAUGUAGCCAAUGAAAGCCCCCAGGACAAGGAUGCUUGCCCCCUUCACAUACUUUGACACCGUAAAUUCUCCUGCUCCUGCUGCAGGAGCUUUGCUUCCCAUGCCAACCAGGUCUUUCAUGGCAUCGCUCUGACCAUCAUUCCCACUUAUGACUUCACCCGACGCAAGAAUCUCCACUGUAUCAUGCACUUGCCCGUCAUGGUUCCCAACAUAAUACAACGUGAGCUUCUCCCUUGUAGCAAACAGUCGCGUAUACCCAAACUCUCCUCCUCUAUACAGCGAUCUCUCUGGUUGAGGGAAAACUGGCAUAUCAGGGUGCUCCGGUCUAGGUUCCCAAGUCGGUUGCCAAUCUUGACCAGCCAUCCCAAUCACUACAUGAACCGGAAGCCCCUUCUCCCCACAUGUGAAGUUAUUCAUCGGACAAAACCUCUCAUACCUAUGUACAUGACCCCACAAAGCCAUGGUCACGUUGUUGCUCACGAGUAGUGGUUCCAAAUGCUCUUGCAAUUUCUGCCUCAUCGGUGCAUCUCUAACCUCAUUGCUCGUAGUGUACAUCGGCCUGUGCCCUUGGAAAACAACGAAAGGGGUCUUGGUCCGGUUGACUGAUUCGAGAUCCUUUUUUAUGAACUUGUACUGCUGACUCCCUCGAAGGAAGUUUGUUUCGGUUGAUAUGUAAACAAAAUGAAUGGUCCCCAAAUCGAAAGAGUAGUAAAGGUUUCGAGUUGGUGGUGCUCGCAUUCCAGUUGGCUCUGAAGAGUUUCCUGGCAUGUUGAAUUUCAAGCUGUAAGGAACACCACAUUCACCACCUCCAUCAGUUCCAUAGGUUCCAGAGGCCCAAUCCGGCUUCCACGGCUGUGCUGGCCAAUCAUACUCGUGAUUGCCAAUGCAAACAUGGUAGGCCAAUUUUGAUGCAAUGGGUUCAAUCUGAGUGAAGAAAUGGUCCCAUAUCCAGGAGUAGCCCCUUGCAUAGCUUAUAUCGCCAAUGUGAGAGACGAAAGCAGGCUUGUCACCUAGAGAUUCCAUGUCGCGGAGGAUCCAGUUUACCGUUGAUAUGGAUUCGGAUUGUGUACGGAUGAAUGUUGCAUAUGGUGCAGAAGUUCCCAUGUCUCCAAACAGGAAAGCUAUUGUCUCGUUUGCAUCUUCGUCCCUUGACACAAAGGUUUGAGUUGCACUCCAGCCCUUUGAGUCACUCCCAACCUGAUAGUAGUAUCUGAAACCCUUCUUCAAAUUCUUCAUAACCCCAUCAUAAAUCCACCCAGGAUCUCUCCACCCAACGGAGCUAUUCGCAGGCGAAUCACACAUAUCCUCUCGCUCGUACCUGGCCACACGCGCCGCCGCGUCGUGACUCCACUGACCGUCCUCUUCCCCCCACCUGACCUUCCUCGCCUCUCCGUCUCCGACGACAAACAUCACCCUCAUCUCAUCCACAGCGUCGGUAAAAGCCAAGUGGAUCUGCUCCGGCCCCUUCCUUGACCCGAACCCGACUACCUUUUCGGACUCCGCCAGCAGAUGCUUCGUGCCCGGAAGCGGGUUCUGGUCGUGGUCCUGGCGCUUGACGUUGAUCUCGUCCUCCGUCCAGCGGAAGAUCCGGAAGGAGUAGUUGGAUCGGAGGUUUGUGAUGGGUAUGGAGAGGGAACCCGACCCGGAUUCCCAACCGGGCGAGGAAGAGAGGAACUUGUAGCCGAUGAAGUGGUCGGGGCGGGAGUCGGGCGGGGAGUAUAUUCCGACCCAAUCGAGAUUGGAAGGGGAGUCGACAUUGGACCAGAAGACGGUGACGACGUCGCCGGAGCGAUUGAGGAGGGUCGGAGUGACGGAGAUGCUGGGUUUGGCGAGGGCGACGCCGGCGAGAAGGGAGGAGAAGAGGAAUGGGAUUAAGAUGGCCCGAUUCAUCGUUGUCGCCGGUGGGGGAAAGGCGGGUAUGUGGCGAUCGAAGAUGGAUUGGUGGGUCGAGUUUGAUUAAUCUGGGAUUUUUGUUUGUCUCAGCUGACAGCUGGUUCGUGGUUCUUGUUUUUGAGUGAUUUCUACGUUCUUGUUUUUUUCAAUUAUCCGUUUAAUUCCCGUUCGUCAGCUCAGGCCUGCCCAUUUGACUGGGGAUGGUAGGCCACCGACACCUG